AUGGCCUUGUGUAAAAGUCACAUCACACUCCCACUCCUUCACAAAGCUGUCCCAGGAGGACAGAAGGGACAGAAACCCAGGGCGCAACAGCCACAAACCUGGGACUCCUUCUCAAGGAAGGCCUCGCUAGGACCAGUGGGGCUCCGCGCAUUCUGCCGCGUGGAGGGUGGGAUGUUCCGCAUCCACAGGGGUGGGGCGAUCCUGCUGGUCCACGAGAUGAGGCGGCCCAAGGAUGAUGUAGGCACAAGAAAAGGGUUUCAACGCUACAAGUGGGAAUUCAAAGACAGCAAUAAAGAGUUCUGGACAAUGGGACAUGCUGAGGUCAAGAUCCUGUGUUUGGGUUGCAUGAUCGCUGGAAUAAAACUCUUCGAAACAGUGGCCACACACCCCAUCCUGAUCCUGAUCCUCACUAUGGAAGUGUCCUUCUUUGCUUUCUUCAUCUUCCUUUACAGCUUCGCCCUUAACAGAUACAUACUCUUUGUCUACUGGCCCAUCACUGACCUCUUCAACGAUCUCUUCACCUGUGGGUUCCUCAUAGGCGGCAUAGUCUUUGCUUUGAGGGCUAGAAGAACGAUGCCAGAUGCCUAUGUUGCAGCUAUGAUCCUUAUGGGAAUUGCCGCAUUUUUUGCUGUGGUUGACCUAUGUCUUCAAAGGAGACAUCUCAAAGGCAAGAAGAUCCGAAAGUAUGCUCUGCUUGCUCCAGACAAGAAUGGCAAAAUGCCGGACCCAAAACUACAAGCAAUGCUGGAGGCCAAAGAGGAAGAGGAGGCACGGCAA